CACAAACGACAUAUGUAUCUACUUAUUCAACUUUAUACAAAUUUAAGUGUCUAAUUAUGCGUACCCAAAGUUGAAGCUCAUGUACUGUGCCAAGAAAGAAUGAACCAAAAGAGGAAAAAAGGUUGCCACACUUUCAUUUCAUCUUCUUUUCAAGAGGUUCUCCCCCUUUGAAUUUCUGACAAAAUACAUUUGUUUCAUCUUCUUCACGUAGUCUUCAACAAGUUCAGUCUCUAUUUUCAUAAUCUCCAUCUUUAUUUCUAUUUCUACCUAGAGUAACACUCUAAUAAAAUUUCUCAAAUCAAAAUCUUCGUCUUCGUCAAAUAGGUUGCGACUAGAACUAACGCUGCCAAAAUGAACACCUGUUUUGAACCUCACUCUAAUACUACUUGUUAGGAUCAAAAUAAUCACACAUCAUGCAAAAGCUAGCAAAGCAAAUCUCGAGAGAUCAUCAACAAAAAGGCAUGGCAUUAAAACCUUUUAACAAAGAUGUGACCAUACAUGAAAAUUUUAAACUUUACAAAAAAAAGGACAGUUUUCCUUUUCGUUAGGUGUAAAGUGCCCCAAAUUCAAUUACUCAAUUGAGAAAGUAAUGAACAGUCAAGACUAUUAUGAAGCCUGUCUUUUUGUAAGGUGAAAAGUCAUACUUUUUGUAAAGGAAAAAAAAAGGACAGUUAAUGCAUAAUGUGUCAUUUAACUUGACUUUCACUAAAAUGUACGUCCUCCAACUCCGAAUAAGUAGACACAUAUAUGACAUAAUACAAAUCAGUUACCACUUGUACAUACUAAAAUGCUACAUAGCAUACGGGUGUCUACCUGAGUUUAAGCACGUAUAAACUUGAGGAGAAAGUUCAGACAUGAUAUUGUCGAUGAACAAUUUUCCGGCGAAGAGUAUUUUGAGUUUUGAGGACCAUCUCAGUGGAAUGUAUCAUUGACGUUACUUUUAAUUGAUUGUUUAGUUUGUUGGAUUAAAAUGUAAGCAGACAUUGGUAGUUUCUGCUAACACACACACCCCUUUCAUACACCAUGCUUGUGUCCCUCACUUACCUCAGUUAUUCAAUUUAGAAAGUUAUGAAUAGUCAGGAAACCACUCUAUCUGAAGUCUUUGUCUUGUUGUUGGAUGAAAAGUCAAAACUUUAUGGUAAUAGUAGAUUGUAGUUAAUAGAAACAAAAGAGAGAGGGAGAUAAAUCACAGAUCAUUCCUGUUUGUAAUUUACUCUUAGCAUUCAACAGAUUUCUGAAAUGGAGAUUGGCUUAGCAGUCGGUGUUGCAGUUGGUGGUGCAUUUCUGAAUGUUCUCUUUGAUGGGCUUGCUCGUCGGGUUGAGCUGCUUAAGAUGUCUCAGAAGAAUAAGCAUGAUGAUGGGCUUUUAGAGAAGCUGGGGAACAUUUUGCUUGGUCUUCAGAUUGUGCUGAGUGAUGCAGAGAAUAAGCAGGCAUCAGAUCAACGCGUGAGGCAGUGGCUUAAUAAGCUUCAGAGUGCUGUGGACUCUGCUGAAAACUUAAUGGAAGAAGUUAAUUAUGAGGCUUUGAAGCUUAAAGUGGAAGGUCAACAUCAAAAUCUUGCAGAAACAUGUAACCAGCAAGUAUUUUGAUUUUUUUCAGAGUGCUGCGGACGGCGCUUGAGUGAUGAUUUUUUUCUUAACAUAAAGGAGAAGUUGGAAGACACCAUUAAAAGUUUGGAGGAGUUGGAAAAGCAAAUUGGUUGCCUUGGCUUACAGAGGUAUUUCGAUUCGGGUAAGAAACUAGAAACUAGACCACCUUCAACUUCUGUGGUUGAAUCUGAUGUCUUUGGUAGGCA